GGACCCGCGAUCCCAGAACCACAAUUCACCUCCAGCACCACCCAAGAGCUCGGUGCCGCUCUUCUUUGUCAAAAGAGAUGCAGACAUGGCGAAGGGCCUUUGCAACGUCUGCUACCAGACUUAACCGCCAGCCUCUGGGUAGUGCGGGACCCUCGCUUCUACGAUGCGCGCAGGUGCUUCAGAAGGGCAGCAAUGGAUCCUCCAGCCUUGAGGACCAGGAGAUCAAAUUGAACGGUUUUGUCCGCUCCGUUCGCAAGCAGAAACGCUUUGCUUUUGCGCAAAUAUCCGACGGAUCGACCGUCGAACCCGUGCAGGCGUUCUUGAAACCAGCCCAGGCGGCCGAUUUGACUACAGGGACCACUGUCGAGAUAUCGGGGAUUUGGAAAGCCUGCCCGCCUGGCAAGGAACAGAGUCAUGAGCUGCAAACCACGGCCGUGAAUGUCGUCGGCGAGGCAGACCCCGAGACAUAUCCGAUUCAGAAGAAAUACCAUAGCCCCGAGUUCCUUCGUCAGGUCCCUCACCUCCGUCUCCGAACCCCGUUCAAUUCCCUCCUGUCGCGUUUCCGCUCCGAAUGCCUCUUCCAUCUCGGAAAUACCUUUCGCGACGCCCCGAAUGGCGGUUUUGUCCAGGUUCACCCGCCGUUGAUCACCUCAUCUGACUGCGAAGGUGCCGGAGAGACCUUCACGGUCGUGCCGCGAGAGGCAACGACGACGCAAUCCGACGGCGAGCAUUUCUUUCGGGCCCCGAAAUACCUUACAGUGUCGUCGCAGCUGCAUCUGGAGUCCUACGCGGCGGAGUUAGGCAACGUCUGGACCAUGUCGCCCAUGUUCCGGGCGGAGAAGAGCGACACGCCGCGCCACCUCAGCGAGUUCUACAUGCUGGAGGCGGAGAUGAACUUCAUGUCGGACCUUGGCUCGCUGACCGAUUCCGUGGAGCACAUCCUGCGCGACCUGACGCGGCGGUUGUACGACAGCCCCGUGGGCCAGGAGAUCCUCUCGGCGAAGCGAUCCGGCGAGCCUAGCCAGGAGAAGACGGACGAAUCCAGCCCGGACCUCCGACAGCGAUGGCAGGAUAUGAUGGACGGGCCCAAAUGGGCCCGGAUAACCUACACGCAGGCGAUUGAGCAACUCCAAAACGCCGUCGCUCAGGGAACCGCCUCCUUCGAGCACGCUCCCACCUGGACCGACGGCCUCCAGCUCGAGCACGAGAAGUUUAUCGUCGACGAGAUCCACGGCGGCCGUCCCGUCUUCGUCACCGACUACCCCAAGGCCGUGAAGCCCUUCUACAUGGCCCCGUCGGACCCCCACGCCCAGAACAACACCCCCGACGAAACCGUCGCCUGCUUCGAUCUCCUCCUCCCGGAGGUCAGCGAGGUUGCCGGCGGCUCUCUCCGCGAGCAUCGCCUCCCCAACCUCAUCCAGAACAUGCGCCAGCACGGGCUCAUCAAGACCAGUGCCCCGGAGCAACCGGCGGCGGAAGCGGCCGGCAGCGACAAGGCGCCAGCCGACAAGCCACUCUACCCGUACCUUCAGCCCGGCGAGGACCUCGCCCAUCUAGAAUGGUACGCCGACCUGCGACGGUGGGGCACGGCGCCUCACGGCGGCUUCGGAAUGGGGUUUGAUCGCUUCCUGAGCUAUUUGGCUGGCGUCUCGAGUGUUCGGGAUGUGGUGGCGUUUCCGCGAUAUUUCGGACGCGCGGACUGUUAGAAAAUGUACAGAUAGAUGUAUUAUAUUGAUAUGGGAGUGUAUUUUAGACCAUUUAUUUCCUUCAGCC